AUCUGACAUGUUACACCGUCCAUCUUUGACGCCUCAUGUGUAACCUACACAACAACAAAAUAACACAACGAAAUAUUACUUGAUUGUCUAAACAACACGAGUAUAAAUAGAAAACUAUCCCUUCCUUCCCUUACUCGAUCUUCCAUAUUUUGCCCAUCAAAUAAUGAAAAUCUGCUUGCUGUUGCUGCUGUUGCUAUCCCUCCUUACGCUGGCUCAUUCGCUGGUAGUGAUCCGUGACGAUAUGACGCUCUUUAGUAACGGUAAAAACGACGACUUGUUCACAGUGACCUAUAAUUCCUGUUAUGUCAAGCUACCAGAUGAAUCCUAUUGUAUCGUAACGGGCGUAGAACAUUCCACUUGCAACCAUCACCAACUGGGUGUUCCCAAUAAAUGCAACGAUCAGCUCACAGAUUGCAAGGCUUGUCUAAACAAUUUUCAGAAUAUGCAAAGAGCAGAAACUCAGAGAAACUUCGGAAUCUGGUGUGAUCAAAAAAAUGGUUAUAUUACCGAAUACAACAGCAGUAGUCCUGUGUGUAAAUAACUGCUAGAAGAAAACUAACUAUUUCAUUAUCCUCCAAAAAAAACUAUAAAUACAG